GCACGCGCGGCCGAACGUCAACGCGUCCGACAGUGCCGGUAUAGGUGACUCAUUGCUUACGUACGAUGUUGUCGAAUACCGUUAAGUGCAGUAAUUGUAAUGUAGUAAUAAAUGAAGUGCUGUCGUUUCUUCAGAAUGUUUUGGAUGUGAUGGACGAAGAGAGUAUACAUCAAUUAUGUACGACCUCUUUUUCGCCAGAAGAUAUUGUAAAAGCGAAAAGUCUGUUAUACGAAUCAAUACCCAGUGGGAAAAAGAUGCCUGUGCGUCGGAAGGACGGGAAGAAAAACGUGUCCAGGGACCUGGAGGACAUGAUCAGUCUCCUGAAGAGAACGGAUCCCGAACUUUAUCCAGUCUUCGUGGCAAGGGAUCUACACAAACUCCCUCCGGUGACAUUUGACCAUGUAGAUGUCACUCGCCUGCUUAAGGAUAUAUCGAGACUUCAGUAUAGAGUUAGUGGAUUGGAGAAAACAACAGUGUCUACAGAGUCGUUUGAACUAUUGAAGCAAGAAGUUCACGAUAUGAAACAUGCAUCACUGAUUAACAGUUCCCAAUUGAAAAAGAACGUGAAUAAAAACAGAGGAGCGUGUUUGCAGACAAGUUUUGAGUACGAUAGUGGGCCUAUAGGUCUUCAAUAUGUGCCCAUAAAACACACAGCUGAGGGGACAAACUCGGAGCAUGAAGAAACAGCUGAUUCGAAACAUAACGGUCAGUCAAUACUCGUACCGACAACAGCGGAUGAAUGUAACGAAUGUGUUGUCAUCCCUUUCGUACAAGAACAACUAUGCGAGAUAGAUUGCGCGCGCAAGGAGGAACGAGACGAAAAUGCGACGGAUAUGCUGGGCGUGAGCGGGAAAGAAGAUACACCGGUCGAUGCGCAAACAAGUGUGAAUCAUACGCAAUCCCCUACCAACGGACAGCAUGCGGCGUUAGUAUCGACUCGAUCGAGUUCGAGCGAGUCUUGGGCUUCAAUGGUGGCUGAACAGCGUGCAAAUGCGUGUAAAGUGCAAGUGAAUAGUGAGCAAAAAGUAGGGGCUGUGACUACCGCGGACACCGAGUGGAAACAAGUGCAAAAUAAGCGUCUUAAACAAAAUAGGUUAGCUAGUCGAAAAGGUAGGGCCUCGACUAGUUCGGAUGUGAAAUUUAAGGCUGCGAUCAUUCAAGUGCCUUUGUUGAUCUCAAACGUAAGUAAGGAUACAAACGAGGAGGAUAUUAUUAGCUACAUAAAGGACAAAACAGGUGAAAUUGUGACUUUAAAAAAGAUUAAUAUUAAGCCCUUUAGAAAAUACAACGCGUUUAAACUGUAUGUAUCAAAACAUAAGGCAGAAAUAUUUUUAAAUGAUGAUUUAUGGCCGGACGGAAUUGUAUUCAGGCGUUUUGUACAUUUUAUGUAUAGAACAAAAGACAGUCGUGAUAAAUAG